AUGACAGCCCCCAAAGCAAUCGCCGUCGUCAUCUGCAGCACUCGCCCUCACCGCAUCAACCCCUUUGUCGCCGGCUACGUUGCCUCCGUCAUCCAAUCCGUGCCUCAGACUACCGCCAAGGUGGAAUUACUCGAUUUGGCCACUCUCAAUCUCCCGCUGUACAACGAGCCUGUCGUACCAAGCUAUCUCCCAGCUGAUGAUCCCACGCCGCAUUAUCAGUACGAACACACCCGCGCCUGGUCGGCUCUUGUCCGCAAAUAUGACGGCUUCAUUUUUGUCACGCCGCAAUACAACUGGUCCGUCCCGUCGAGUUUGAAGAAUGCGCUCGACUAUGUAUUCCAUGAAUGGAGCGGGAAGCCCGCCGGAAUUGUCACCUAUGGCGCCAGAGGGGGUGUGAAAGCUGAGACUCACUUGCGAGAGAUUUUGAAAGGUCUGAGGAUGAAUGUCGCCGAAGCAACUGUGGCACUG